CCAAACAAACAAUGAAGCUCUUCUGCAACUCCACUGCCUCUAUCCUCAUCUUCUUCUUGUUUUUCUCACUUUCUUUAUCAAACCCAGAUUUUGAAACAUUAUUACAAUUCAAGAAAUCUUCAGACCCAUUCAACAAAACCUUGAUUUCGUGGUCUAAUUCUUCUUCUUCAUCAUCUUCAUCCCUUUGUUCUUGGAUUGGAGUUACUUGUAACCAUGAAAGAACCAGAAUUACUCAAUUGGUUCUUGAAAAUCAAAACCUUACUGGUUCAAUUGAAGUUCUGACUCAGUUGACAGAACUGAGACAACUGAGUCUUAAGUACAAUAAUCUUUCAAUUCCAACAGAUUUUUCAUUAUCUCCAUGGAAAAAUAUGAAACUUCUUUACCUUUCUCAUAAUCAAUUUUACGGGAAGUUUCCUUCCGGAAUUUCAGAACUCCAUCGGUUACAUCGAAUUGAUCUUUCUUAUAAUCAAUUCACUGGUAAAAUCCCUUUGGGAGAACUCAUUCAACUACCGAAUUUACUCACUAUUCGGUUAGAAAUGAAUUCAUUCACUGGUUCCUUAAAAGGGAUUGGGAGUAUUUCUAGUCUUAUUGAAUUCAAUGUUUCAAGAAACGAUCUGGAAGGUGAAAUUCCGGAGGUUCUCAGGUCUUUUAAAGAUUCUUCAUUUGAAGGAAACAAGAAUCUUUGUGGAGAACCAUUGUUGAAUGAUUGUGGUGGAGAAAGUCAGAGUGGAGGUCAGAUUGAUCCAAUUCCAGUUUUGGUUCCACCAAAACCCAAAAAAGCUAAGAAAUUGAGUAAGAAAGCACUUAUUUUGAUCACAAUUUCAUAUGUUGGUUUAAUAAUUUUGAUGGGUUUUCUGGGAUUUCUUCUCUGCAUGAAGAAAUUUAGUAAGAAACAGAGCAAUGGCAAACAGAGUAAUAUUGAGAAGAAGAAAAGGAGUUCUGGGUUUGAAGGGAAAGAAGAAGAAGAAGGAAUGAUGGUUUUGUUUCACGGGUGUUUGGAUUUAAGUGUUGAUGAUUUACUGAAAUCUUCAGCUGAAUUGUUAGGGAAAGGUAGUUUUGGUACUACAUACAAAGUUAUGAUGAAUAAUGGAUAUUCAGUAGUUGUGAAGAGAAUUAGAGAAAGAAAGAAGAAAGAAAUUGAUGGAUUUUUGAAAGAAAUUGGUGGAUUAAGACAUAAGAAUGUAUCGAGUUUACGAGGGUAUUACUCCUCCAAAGGAGAAUUGUUGUUAGUUUAUGAUUACUUCUCUAAUGGAAGCUUGUAUUCUUUGUUACAUGGUAAUCGAGGACCUGGUAGAACUCCAUUAGAUUGGGGAACAAGGUUGAAGUUCGCGUCUGGUGUUGCAGAAGGGUUGGCCUUUCUCCAUGUAGCCAAUGACCGUAAGCUUUCCCACGGGAAUUUGACUUCAGCAAACGUGGUUAUCGAUAAGGAAAACAAUGCAUGUAUUGCAGAUGCGGCUUUAUGUCACAUUUUUGUCGCACCGGCAAAUGUGACGAACAAUGGAUAUAAGGCACCUGAGUUGAUGUAUAAUGCACAUAAUUACAGGAAACUUUCGCAGAAAUGUGAUGUUUAUAGCUUAGGAGUGAUUCUACUGGAGAUUCUGACCGGCAAGAUGGCCGUAUAUGAAGGUGAAACAAGUUUGGCUAAGUGGGUGCAGUGUGUUGGAAAAGAAGAAUGGGAGACAGAAGUGUUUGAUUUUGAACUUCCAAGAGAUAAUGUUACUGUGGGUGAAAUGGUGUGUCUUUUUCAAAUUGCUUUGCUAUGUGUAGCUCAAGUUCCUAAUGAUCGGCCCAAUGCGAGUGUUGUGCACAAGAUGAUUGAAGAUGUUAAGACAAAGGGGAGAACUUCUACAACUUUCGUCCAUAGAGGCGAUGCUAAUAAUCGCUCAACUGACUCUUCACGCUCCGGGUUAUCAGAUGAUGCCUUGCCGACCCAAAACACAAGUUUCUAAAACAGCAAAUAAUUGAAUUGUUAACAUGCAACAAUUUCACCAUCUCUAUGCAUUUCAUCAUUGUAAUAACAUUUUCUUUCAUUCUUUCAAUACGUAAAGUAUAAAUUCUCGUGGGUUUUUGUUUGUGUUUUGUAUUGAGAUUGAAAGAUGCUGUUGAGAAUGAGAGUGAAGGGUCACGAGAAUUUUGUUGUCAAGCUUAAAAAGAUGGUCCAGUGGAAAAUACAUGGUUUCCAUUAAUGGCUUGUCAACUUGGCGUUGUAGCUUAACGUUGUGCUCGCUUUAAAUUGCUAAUUGCCCCAGUGAUGAGGACA